AUGGAUGGCUCCUUGAUUAUGCAGCUGGCCAUGAUUUUUGGUUUUGUUUUUCUGAAAACCUGGCGCUAAAACUAAAAUUAAUCAAUUUGAUUGAUUGAAAUCCGCAGCAACAACAAUGGACGAUGAAGAUGGUAAAUCAUAUCGUUGGGAAACUGAAUAUGAAAAAACCUGGGAAGUAAUUAAAGAAGAUGAUCAUGGUCGUAUUCAAAGUUCGGUUGAUGAAAUGCUUUAUAAAGCAAUUCGUAAACGUACAUUGAAUAAAAAAAAUGUUCGUCUUGGUCUGAUGCGACAUCUAGCCAUCAUUAUCGAUAUGUCAUCGGCAAUGAAUCAAAUUGAUUUGAAACCAAAUCGAUUUAUCUGUUGUGUUCGAUUAUUGGAAAAAUUUGUUCAGGAUUUUGUUGAUCAAAAUCCAAUCAGUCAAUUAUGUUUUAUUAGUACCCGAAAUAAACGAGCCGAAAAAGUGUCCGAAUUGAGUGGAAAUCUUCGAACACAUUUUGAUGCAUUAAAUUCAUUGAAAGCUAAUGCUAAUUGCGCUGGUGAAACAUCAAUGCAAAAUGCAUUACAAAUAGCACAUUCAAUGUUAAGAUAUAUGCCACCACAUACAAGUAAAGAAAUUCUAUUCAUAAUGGGCAGUUUAACUAGCUGUGAUCCUUCAGAUAUUCAUAAAACAAUCGAUUCAUUGGCCAAAGAUAAUAUUCGAUGUUCGGUUAUCGGAUUGUCGGCUGAAGUUUAUAUCUGUAAAGAAUUAACAACAAAAACAAAUGGUGUUUAUAAUGUUGCAAUGGAAGAAACUCAUCUGAAAGAUUUAUUAUUUCAAUAUUUAAAUCCAUUACCAUCAUCAUUUACUGAAUCAACAUUGAUGAAAAUUGGUUUUCCUAAAUUCGAAAUGAAUACUGUACCAUCGAUUUGUGUUUGUCAUUUGGACGAUGGUGAUGAACCUAAAUUAACUGUUUCUGGAUAUUUUUGUCGUCAAUGUAAUUCAAAAUAUUGUGAUCUACCUGUCGAAUGUAAAAUUUGUGGACUAACAUUAUUAUCAUCAUCACAUUUAGCACGUAGUUAUCAUCAUUUAUUUCCUGUUGAACCAUUUAGUGAAUUAUUAUCAUCAGAUUCCAUUGAUAUUGGUAAUGUUAAUGAUGGUAAAUGUUUUGGUUGUCUAAAACAAUUCGGUGGUAAAUCGGCAACAUUAUGUAAUCUAUGUGGACAAACAUUUUGUGUUGAUUGUGAUCUAUUCAUUCAUGAUAUAUCACAUGUUUGUCCUGGUUGUACAUCUAUUCGACGAAUAUAA